GCUGUUUCGCUACCUCACCAGCACGCCUACCAAGUCCCAAGAAAACCCAAUUGGAUCAGGGAGUGGGAGACCAGGAUGUCCCUCACCCUGAGGGGAGGGAGAGGGCGUGUCCAUAUCCUGCCCCGCCCCUGCUCCGUGGCUGGUUUUCCUGCGGCUGGCGCUUCUGGCCUGACCCGGAGAUAUGGGCGCUACCUGGGGGAGCCCCGGUUGGGUGAGGCUCGCACUGUGCCUCACGGGUUUAGUGCUCUCGCUCUACGCGCUGCAUGUGAAGGCGGCUCGCGCCCGGGACCGGGAUUACCGUGCUCUCUGCGAUGUGGGCACGGCCAUCAGCUGUUCGCGCGUCUUCUCCUCCAGGUGGGGUCAGGGCUUCGGACUGGUGGAACAAGUCCUGGGGCCAGACAGUGUCUUCAAUCAAUCCAACAGCAUAUUCGGUUGCAUCUUCUAUACACUACAGUUGCUAUUAGGUUGCCUCCGGGGCCGCUGGGUAUCUAUCCUGCUGCUGCUGAGUUCCCUAGUGUCUCUUGCUGGUUCUGUCUACCUGGCCUGGAUCCUGUUCUUCGUGCUCUAUGAUUUCUGCAUUGUUUGCAUCACUACCUAUGCCGUCAAUGUGGGCCUGAUGGUGCUCAGCUUCUGGGAUGUCCAGGGACCCCAGGACAAGGUCAAGGGGCACUGAGUCCUUACCCCAAGCCAGGCUGACCUCUUAUGGUCUGCUUUGGCAUGUCAACCUUGCCCAUGGGGAACAUGUCUGGGUCCGUAUAAGAGUCUACAACCCACCUCCACCGUACUCCCAAAACAGGACAAUGGACCAAAUGUGCCACACUCUUUCCUCCACCUAUUGCCUCUGGCUCUGUCCCCAAGGAUUGGUUUCCAAAGCUCCUGCCACUGCCCAAGGAGGGAAGGUUCUGAGCAAUAAAAUUUCUUAAACUGGC